GAAGAGGAGUUUACAAACAACUUUCUGGAAGUUUCUAGACCCGCCCACGGGAUGCAUUAGGUGAAAGACAUGUCUGCUCUUGUGCUGUUCGGCUUCGUGUUCCCGGUUUUGUCGAUGGAUUUGUUUCACGUCCCAGCUUCCCUUGGGCAGAAUGUCACUCUGCCGUGUGAAGCUCCCAGCAACAUCAACAUCGCAGCUGUAAUUUGGACCAGAACUAACUUGAGCUCACAAUAUGUUUUAUUAUCCCGGGAUGGGAAUCUUGAUACAGACAACCAGCAGCCCUCUUAUGAGGACCGGGUGAUGCUGGUGGACAUCAAGCUGAAGGACGGUAACCUGUCUUUGAUUCUGAGCAAUGUGACGAGCAGCGACUAUGGGACAUACAAGUGUUACAUAAAAGAGCGCAAAGAGGAAAAUAAAAUUAAUAAACACUUAAUCAGCGUGGUCCACCUGACCGGGCCAGUCUCAGGUGGAAAGACUGGAAACAGCACGACUGGCCAUGCUGAAAUGGAUUUUACACGAGCGAUUGUUGUUGCUGCUGCUGUUGCUGCUGUUGCUGCUGUUGCUGCUGCUGUUGCUCUGAUCUGCUCAUUCAGAUGUACAAAGCAGAAUUCACAUCUGACUGUUGCUUAUGAUGCAGCUAAACAGAUGCUAAGCAUCAUCUAAACAGCAGCAGCCUCUGAUGUCUUUGGUCCUGAAUCUUCUCCGCUAUCCUGGCCAAAUUUGACCCCGUUUGAUGAAAGCAGCACAUGGAUACCGUGGAGAUCUAUUCUGUGCGGCUAGCCUGCUCCAGACCAGGUGACCAGCCAGGCUUGAUAAAUUUAGUUUAUGUGUUCACCCCGUGUUAUGUCAGGUGGACUGGUCACUCCCAAAGAGUGUCAGUGAUAUCCUGGGACAGAAUGCUGUACAGUCGUACCCCACCUCUCACACAAUGCAUGCUGGGAUAAGCUCCAGCUCUCUGUGAACCUGCACACCAAAGAUAUUUAAGUUUUUGUACGUGCACUGUGAAGGGUGUAAUAAUGACCCAGUGAAAGAAUGCUCAGUUGAAAAGCAUCAUGAAUUUGUGAUGAAUAUUAGCUGCUACAAGACAAAAAGACAGAGUCCAGCUCUCGCCUUUAGAUCUUCACCUGAAACUGGACCAGCGAGUGAUCUGACUGAUUAAACAACUGAUACACGUCUCCUGAACGAUGCUGGGGACGCCACACUCAUUAGGCUCAUCGCUGGCCGGGAUGAGUGCGCCUACAGGUGGGAAUUUGACCAUCUGGUUCCCUGGUGCAGCCAGACCUACCUGGAGCUCAACGCUCAUAAGACAAGACAGUGGAGCUGGUUGUAGAUCCCCCUUCCCCCUGUGUGACUUCACAGUCGACACCCUGGACACAAACUGUUUCAGCCACAGGAACCGUUUCUUCUGCAGCUGGCCUCAUCAGCGAGGCCUGGGACCCCCGCUGACGAUGAUAAUCCCCUCACCCCCCUUACUGUAAAUCUAUAUUGUAAUGUGGACAGUCACCAACUGCCAUAAUGUUUUGUCAAAUUAAUAUAUAAAUAUUUAAUAUUUAAAUAUUUAAUGUUAAUUUAUUGUAAAGCUGAGAUUUCUGUCACUGCUCCUUCUUUGUUUACUGUAAAUAAUGUGUUUUGUAAUGGUUACAGAUACGCACUGAAGCGUGCUGCAAAAAAAGUAUUUCUUUGUAGAAAAAUGUUGUUUGGACCAAUGAUAUAAAAAGAAAUGCUUUAAUUUUUAUCAUGAAAUUGUACAGA